CACGUUCUCUUCCGUGUGUCUGCCCUCGCUUUUUCAGUUUUCUUGUUGUAUAGACUCUCCACUCUUCCGUUGGGGCGUCUCUACAUUCACGCUUGAUACCCAGGGUUUUCACCCUUUCGCGCUGUUGGGCACCGCUUACGCUUCAGCCGCCGCGAAUAAUUCCAUACCGUAUCGAUAAGCCCCUCCACCAAAAAGAAAUCGCUCGUCGCAGAUUCACAGCGCAGCACCACACAACCUUGGAACCGGCUUCUUUCGCAGAUGCCGCACUCCGAGUCGCCGCCUAUGGCUCCCGCUAUUGUCGUCGACAAGGCCAGCGCAGCCCCUGCGCCCUCGCAGGAGGAUGUCAACGCCUUCAUCAGCAGCAUCGUCACCGCAAAGACGUCGCACGCCUCAGUAGACGCCGCCUACGCCCUCACAACCCUCCUCCAGAACUCAGUAGGCUUCCGCGGCCUUACUGGCUAUGGUAUACUCGAGGAGAUUAAGAAAUCGGCGGCCAACAAGAAGGAUGCUGUGCGGAGGGAGGGCGCCAUGAACGCCCUCGGUGCCUUCUUCGAGCGCCUCCCGCGCACACAACGCCUGACAGAGGCCAUCUUCCUCGUCCAGAACGAAGGUCUAGUACCCAUGGUCCUUGACUUGCUGGCAGACAAGACUGGCUCGGUCAAGGAGUCGGCCAAGUACGCUCUCGACUCGCUGUUCGAGAACCUCAGCGCCGAGGCCAAGGUCUUCGGCCUCUUGCCUGUGCUGACCAAGUACCUGGGCAAGAAGUCCGGAAAGUGGCAGGGUGCUGCUUUCGCCUACGAGCUCAUCGGCCGUAUGGCUGACAAGGCCAAGAUGGGCAUGGAGAGCCUCGAGGUCGAGAAAGAGAAGGAUGUUCUCCGCGAGGCCAUGGGCAAGAAGCUCGAGGGUCUCAUCCCCAUCGUCGAGGCCGGCAUGCACGAUCUCAAGAAUGAGGUCGCAAAGCAGUCUGUCAAGACAAUGAACAGCCUUACCACCCUCCUCCAGAACGACGACAUCGCGCCCCGGAUACCCCUCCUGGUCAAGGCCAUCGAAGACCCCUCCACAACGAGUCUGCAGAAGGCUAUCCACGCCCUCUCCCAGACCACCUUCGUCGCUAUUGUCACAUCCCCCGUCCUUGCUAUGGUCACACCUCUGCUUGAGCGCUCUCUGAACAUGCCUUCCACAUCACAGGAGGUCACCCGCCAGACUGUUGUCGUAGUCGAGAACUUGACCAAGCUCGUCCACGACCCUAUCGAGGCCCGCGCCUUUUUGCCCAAGCUUCGCCCAGGUGUGCAGUCCGUCAAGGACCGCGCUUCCCUGCCUGAAGUCCGAGAGAUCGGUCAGCGUGCGCUGGACGUUAUCGAGAAGGCCAUGGCCGACCCAGACCACAACAUCGACAGCGGCGCCAUCGCGAGGACACAGCCAUCAGAUGUUCAGAAGCUCAUAGAGAAGCAGAUCAGCGCUUCUGCCAACCUCCUUGACUUCCCCGGAGACGCAGAGGUCUUGACUAUCACCAAGAGGUACAUCUCCGAGAUGAUCGCUGAGGUUGUCGAUCAGCGCGAGCUUCAGCGCCUCCCAAAGCUCGUCGGGCCCUACCUGGAGCCUUUGCUCAACGCCGGAGACGCCGACAAGGUUGCAGAGGCCGUGCACCAGUUCUACGUGGACGAGGACCACCGCAAGUUCGGCCAGCCCGUCAAGGAGGACGACGGAGAGACGGAGAUUGUAAACGCUGUCUUCUCCCUAGGAUACGGUGGCAUGUUGCUCCUCUCACACACUAACCUUCGCCUGCUCAAGGGCCACCGCUACGGUCUUUGCGGUCGCAACGGUGCUGGAAAGUCUACCCUCAUGCGCAGUAUCGCAAGCGGCAAGCUGGAAGGUUUCCCUCCUCAAGAAGAAGUCAAGACAUGCUUCGUCGAGCACAACCAGGGAGAAGACGCUGAUCUCUCUAUUCUUGAGUACAUCGUUCGCGAUCCGCGCUUCGCGGACGAGAGCCGAGAGCGUAUCUCCGAGGUUCUCGAGGAGGUCGGCUUCACCGCUGGCCCUGAAGGCAGGCAGUCCGCUAAGGUCGGCUCUCUGUCCGGAGGAUGGAAGAUGAAGCUCGCUUUGGCCCGUGCUAUGCUUAUGCGCGCCGACGUGCUCCUUCUGGACGAACCCACUAAUCACUUGGAUGUCGCCAACGUUGCCUGGCUCGGAAAGUACCUCAAGUCCCAUACUGAGAUUACUAGCUUGAUCGUUUCUCACGACUCUGGUUUCCUCGACGAAGUCUGCACAGACAUUUACCACUACGAGCAAAAGAAGCUGGUCUGCUACAAGGGCAACCUUGCCGAUUUCGUUCGACAAAAGCCUGAAGCCAAGAGCUAUUACACGCUCUCGGACACCCAGGUCAAAUUCAAGUUCCCUCCUCCUGGUAUCCUUACUGGUGUCAAGUCGAACACUCGCUCCAUUCUGCGCAUGACAAACUGCUCCUACACCUACCCUGGCGCUUCCAAGCCAUCGCUUACCGAUGCUUCUUGCAACUUGUCUCUGUCAUCCCGAGUCGCCAUUAUCGGUGCCAACGGUGCUGGUAAAUCUACUCUUAUCAAGAUGCUUACUGGCGAAACCGUCCCUCAAGAAGGUACCGUCGAGAAGCACCCCAACUUGCGUAUCGGUUACAUCAAGCAGCACGCUCUUGAGCACGUCGAGAUGCACAUGGAGAAGACGCCCAACCAGUAUCUCCAAUGGCGUUACGCCAAUGGUGACGAUCGUGAGGUGCUCAUGAAGCAGACACGUGUGCUCAGCGAGGAAGACAAGAAGCAGAUGGAAACUCCUAUCGAUCUAGGCGACGGCUCGGGCCCCCGUAGGAUCGAAGCGCUUAUUGGCCGUGCGAAGUACAAGAAGACCUUCCAGUACGAGGUCAAGUGGCUGCACAUGCUGCCCAAGUACAACACCCAGAUCUCGCGUGAGACGCUUCUUGAGAAGGGCUUCUCCAAGCUUGUGCAGGAGUUCGACGAUCACGAGUCGUCGCGUGAGGGUCUCGGAUACCGUGUCCUGGAGCCCAAGGUCAUCUCCAAGCAUUUCGAGGAUCUCGGUAUGGACCCUGAGAUUGCGAACCACAACGAGAUCUCGGGCCUUUCCGGAGGACAGAAGGUCAAGGUCGUGCUUGCCGGUGCCAUGUGGAACAACCCCCAUCUUCUCGUCUUGGACGAACCCACCAAUUUCUUGGACCGCGACUCUCUCGGUGGUCUCGCUGUCGCCAUCCGCGACUACAAGGGUGGUGUCAUCAUGAUCUCGCAUAACGAAGAGUUUGUCGGUGCUCUCUGCCCCGAGCAGUGGCACGUCGCUGAUGGUCGCGUCACGCACAAGGGCCAUCUCGCUGUCAACAUGGACCGUUUCGAGGACUCGCGCCCUGGAUCCAGCAAUGUUAGCAGUAACGUGAGCUCCGCUGCGCCGUCCACCACUGGAACUCCAGUCAUGAGUGACGCCGAGGGCAACAAGGACGAUAUGAAGUUCAGGUCAAGGAAGAAGAAGAAGAUGACCAAGAAGGAGCUCAAGGACCGUGAGGUCAGGCGUAGAUUGAGGUACAUUGACUGGCUGAACAGCCCCAAGGGUACCCCUCAGCCACCCAACACUGAUGACGAGGCCGAGUAAAUGUUGUUGCAACUGUUUCGGAUUACGAUCGCAUUAUGAUAUCUUAGACUAUGCAAAUUUGCAUUGCUCGGCGUUUAAUAGAGGCCUGGAUGAUUGACUGCAUUUGCGUCACCGAUAGAUUUUGAACGUCUAGCUGCAUCCUUAUGAUGAAUCAAAAGCAUUUCCUUUCUUUCAACUUGGUUGUUUCUUGACUUG